GAAACAUGCCCGAACCCGCCAAGUCCGCGCCCAAGAAGGGCUCCAAGAAAGCGGUCACCAAGACGGCCGCCGGCAAAGGAGGCAAGAAGAAGAGAAGGACCAGGAAGGAGAGCUACGCCAUCUACGUGUACAAGGUGCUGAAGCAGGUCCACCCCGACACCGGGAUCUCCUCCAAGGCCAUGAGCAUCAUGAACUCCUUCGUCAACGACAUCUUUGAGCGCAUCGCCUCCGAGGCCUCCCGUCUGGCUCACUACAACAAGCGAUCCACCAUCACCUCCAGGGAGAUCCAGACCGCUGUGCGCCUCCUGCUGCCCGGUGAGCUGGCCAAGCACGCCGUGUCCGAGGGAACCAAGGCUGUGACCAAAUACACCAGCUCCAAGUAACCAGCUCUGCUGCUGAUGCUGCAACACAACGGCUCUUUUAAGAGCCACUCACUGCAUCUGGAGAGCUUUGGUUUAUGCACUGUGACAUUUAAAGUUAUUAAAAUAUGACAUGUUUGUCCUGUGAUGCUAAACUGGGAAGCUACAUCCAAUCUACAAGCAAAGUGACAGUUCAAUCUAGCAAAUGAAACUGUUUACUUUGCCAUUGCAAUCAAUUUGUUGAAUGAAAGUUGGUGGCAUUAAUAUUAAUGAAGCAUUUUAAAAGCUGCAUAAUUGUACAUUUAAUUUAGGUG